AUAAAUUUAUCUCUCUCAGUUUAUUUUUUUUCCUCUCUUUUCUCUUUCCGGGAAUUUUCUCUCUCUCCCUAGAAAAUUUUUCUUUCUCCUCCCCCAAGUUCGGGCUUGGAUUUUGUUGUUUUGAUAAAUAGAAAAGAAAGGAAAAGAAAAGAAAAUUCAUUUUUUUUUUCUUGUGAGUUAAACUCAAUUCGACGCAGGUAGGAAAAGAAAAGAGAGGAAAGCGAUUUCUCUAUUGGACCGAUUCAAAGCGAGGUGCGACUGAGUUAUGAGACCGAUUCAAUCUCCGCCGCCGCCUUCUUCUUCGUCUUCUUUUCCGGGGUCAGGCAAAGCUCCGCCAAGACGACGUCGUCCUGACCUAACACUACCGCUUCCUCAGCGAGACCCGUCUCUCGCUGUGCCUCUUCCUCUUCCUCCGACGUCGGCUCCGUCAUCUUCUUCCGCCGCCCCCGGGGUCGGUGCUGGACCACAUCUGAAUCAUAACCAUAGCCAGAAUCAGAAUCAGAAUCACCAUGGGAGCAAUAGCAGUGGUGGUAACAGUAAUCAGCUCAUCCAUGUCUCGGAACUUGAGCGUGUGAGCCGAGUCGGGAGCGGAGCCGGGGGAACGGUUUACAAGGUGAUGCACCGGCCGACCGGGAAGCUCUAUGCGCUGAAGGUGAUCUAUGGGAACCACGAUGAGUCUGUCCGUCGCCAGAUCUGCCGUGAGAUCGAGAUCCUUCGCGAUGUUGAUAACCCUAACGUGGUCAAGUGCCAUGAUAUGUUCGACCACAACGGUGAAAUCGAGGUCCUUCUUGAGUUCAUGGACCGUGGCUCGCUCGAAGGUCAGAAGAUCCCUCGUGAACAGGACCUCGCCGACCUCGCUCGCCAAACCCUCCGUGGACUCGCCUAUCUCCAUAGCCGUCGGAUCGUUCAUCGGGAUAUCAAACCGUCUAAUCUGCUGAUCGAUACGCGAAACCAGGUAAAGAUCGCCGAUUUCGGAGUGAGUCGGAUCUUGGAACAGACCAUGGAUCCUUGCAAUUCUUCUGUCGGAACCAUUGCGUACAUGAGUCCAGAGAGGAUCAAUACAGAUCUCAAUCAGGGUCAAUACGACGGAUACGCCGGUGACAUUUGGAGCUUGGGGGUCAGCAUCCUCGAAUUCUAUCUCGGCAGAUUCCCCUUCGCCGUCGGCCGCCAAGGCGAUUGGGCGAGUUUGAUGUGUGCCAUCUGCAUGUCGCAGCCACCGGAGGCUCCUGCCACGGCGUCGAGAGAGUUCAGGGAUUUCAUUGCUUGUUGCUUGCAGAGAGACCCCAGAAGGCGGUGGACGGCUGCGAGGCUGUUGCGUCAUCCAUUCAUAGCUCAGAACACAGCUGGGGCCAACCAGGUUCUUCACAAUGUCCAUCAACUUCUUCCUCCUCCCCCACGCCCCCUUCCUUCCUAGCCCUAGUUCUAGACUGUUAUUAGCUUAGUUCUCUCUCUCUCUCUCCCUCUCCCUCCAUCUCUCUCUCUCUUUCUCCUUUUGGGUUUUCUAUUUUGUCAAUUAAUUUUUAAUUUCUUUCCUUUUUCUCUGUUUGGUUCUCUUUCUCUUAAUAUUUUUAACGAUGAUAGUAAUGAUUUUGUGUAAUUUUUGAAAUGAUGGGUCGUUGGAUGGAUCAUGAAUUUGGUUAAUAUGCAAUAUUGAGGAGAAACUUUUGUAUU